AUGCCAAUGGUUGAUUUGAAACAUAUGAUUAACUAUUAUGGGAUGCUUGACAUUGUAGUUGCCGCUGUCUUGGAUCGUUUUGCACUCUUUUGGCAUAUUCUGCGACGUACGCUGGCAUACGCAUUUAGUCGAGAUUACAAAUUAACAUUGGCAUUUUUAUCGAUAACUCCAUUGGUCGUCCCUACGUUUAAUCUGGCAGUCGAAUUAGUGGUUAAAUUCACAAAUAAAGCAGUAAAGACGUUUGCGUGUGCAGCAUCUGCCAUUCAAGAAGCUUUACAUCAUAUCCAAAUGGUCACGGCGUUUUAUGGUCAGCAGAAAGAAAUUCGCUAA